UUGUUUCGGUUUCGAUUCGAGCUUGAAGUGUCGGUGCUGAACGAACAUCAGUGAGUUUGACGGGAAGAUGUCAGACUCUGAAACGAGGAAGAGAUCUUCAUCUCCAGAUCCCAGCUGUGUGUCUCUGAAGAGUAAUCAAUCCAUGGGUCAUCCUCAUCCUAAAUUCAGUGAUGGACCAGUGACCUCUGACCCCAGUAUCUUCAGGAAGAGGAAGAGAUCUUCAUCUCCAGAUCUCAGCUGUGUGUCUCUGAAGAGCAAUCAAUCCAUGGGUCAUCCUCAUCCUAAAUUCAGUGAUGGACCAGUGACCUCUGACCCCAGUAUCUUCAGGAAGAGGAAGAGAUCUUCAUCUCCAGAUCUCAGCUGUGUGUCUCUGAAGAGCAAUCAAUCCAUGGGUCAUCCUCAUCCUAAAUUCAGUGAUGGACCAGUGACCUCUGACCCCAGAGAUGAUCAGACUGGAGACCAGGAUUCUCCUCAAGCAGUAGAUGAUGAACUCCAGAGAGUCAAAGACCAGCUCAAAACCAGCAUGAAGAACAAGUAUGAGAGAUUAUUUGAGGGACUGAACCUCCAGGAGAACGAAACCCUCCUGAACAGGAUCUACACACAGCUCUACAUCAUAGAGGGAGAGAGAGAAGGAGUGAAUGAACAACAUGAGGUUUUACAGAUGGAGAAAACAGCCAGAACACAACACUCACAAGACACUCCAAUCGACUGCAAUGACAUCUUUAAAGCCUCACCUAAACCAGGAUGUGAGGAGAAACACCAGAUCAAGACUGUUCUUACUAAAGGCAUCGCUGGAAUCGGAAAAACCGUCUCUGUGCAGAAGUUCAUUCUGGACUGGGCUGAGGGAAAAGCCAAUCAAGAUGUAGAUUUCAUGUUUGUGCUUCCAUUUCGAGAGCUGAACUUGAUCCGAGAUCGUCAGUACAGUCUUCACAGACUUCUGCUGGACUUUCAUCCUGAACUUCAAGAUCUGGAUUCAAAGAUUUAUGAGGAGUGUAAAGUUGUGUUCAUCUUUGAUGGUCUGGAUGAAAGUAGAAUCGCACUGAUGUUUUCAGACGCUCAGGAAGUUUCUGAUGUGUCUGAGACUUCAUCAGUGGGUGUGUUGAUGUCAAAGAAAGUUUUGGAUGUGACUGAGACUUCAUCAGUGGGUGUGUUGAUGUCAGAGAAAGUUUUGGAUGUGACUGAGACUUCAUCAGUGGGUGUGUUGAUGUCAAAGAAAGUUUCUGAUGUGUCUGAGACUUCAUCAGUGGGUGUGUUGAUGUCAAAGAAAGUUUUGGAUGUGACUGAGACUUCAUCAGUGGGUGUGUUGAUGUCAGAGAAAGUUUUGGAUGUGACUGAGACUUCAUCAGUGGGUGUGUUGAUGUCAAAGAAAGUUUCUGAUGUGUCUGAGACUUCAUCAGUGGGUGUGUUGAUGUCAAAGAAAGUUUCGGAUGUGUCUGAGACUUCAUCAGUGGGUGUGUUGAUGUCAAAGAAAGUUUUGGAUGUGACUGAGACUUCAUCAGUGGGUGUGUUGAUGUCAAAGCUCAUGACAGGAGAGCUGCUUCCCUCUGCUCUCAUCUGGAUCACCUCCAGACCAGCAGCAGCCAAUCAGAUCCCCUCCAAAUACAUCAACCGUCUGACAGAGAUUCAGGGAUUCAAUGAGCCUCAGAAGGAGGAAUAUUUCAGGAAGAGAAUCAGUGACGAGCAUCAAGCCAGCAGAAUCAUCUCACACAUCAGAAGAGCAAGAAGCCUCCACAUCAUGUGCCACAUACCCGUCUUCUGCUGGAUCUCAUCCACUGUGCUUCAGAAGCUCCUGAAAGAAGAUCUGAGUGCAGAAAUCCCUCAAACUCUGACUGAAAUGUACAUCCACUUCCUGCUGAUUCAGGUCAACAUGAGGAAUCAGAAGUAUGAAGAGAGAGAUCCAGAGAAACGGCUGCAGUCCAACAGAGAAGUGAUUGUGAAACUUGCUGAAGUGGCUUUCAAACAGCUGAUGAAGGGCAAUGUGAUGUUCUAUGAGGAGGACCUGAGAGAGAGCGGCAUAGACGUCAGUGACGCCUCAGUGUAUUCUGGGAUUUGCACUGAGAUCUUUAAGGAGGAAUCUGUGAUUCAUCAGAGGAAAGUCUACAGCUUCAUUCAUCUGAGCUUUCAAGAGUUUCUCGCUGCUUUCUAUCUGUUAUAUUCACAUGUGAUCAAGAACAAGAAACCACUGGAUGAAUUCAGAUUUUACAGAUCUGAUAAAGACUCUCUAUAUGAUGAAGAGUCUUUGGAUGAUGAAGACCCUCUGUAUGAUCUACUAACUUUAGCAGUAGAUAAAGCCCUCGGGAAUGAGAAUGGACAGCUGGAUCUGUUCCUGCGGUUCCUGCUGGGCGUCUCACUGGAGUCCAAUCAGAGACUCUUACAGGAUCUACUGACACACACACAGAACAGCUCAGAGAGCAUCAGAGAAAUUAUACAGUAUAUUAAAGAGAUGAUCAAAGGUGGACGUGAUCUCUCCACUGAAAGAUCCGUCAAUCUGUUCCUCUGUCUGCUGGAAGUCAAAGAUCAGUCUCUGUCCAGAGAGAUUCAGGAGUUUCUGAAAUCAGACAAACAAUCAGAGGAGUUUCUCUGUCCAUCUCACUGCUCAACAAUGUCCUACAUGAUUCAGAUGUCAGAAGAGCCGCUGGAUGAGCUGAACCCCAUGAAAUACAACACAUCAGCUGAGGGGAGAAGAAGACUGAUACCAGAUGUGAUCAACUGCAGAAAAGUUCUAUUUUCUGGCUGUAAUCUCUCAGAUCAGCAUUGUGAAAUUGUGUCUUCAGCUCUACAAUCCUCAAACUCUGUCCUGAGAGAGCUGGAUCUGAGUAACAAUAAACUGCAGGACUCUGGUGUCAACUUCAUUUCUGAUGGACUGAAGAGUCCAAACUGUCAGCUGCAGAUCCUGAGUCUUGCUGGCUGUAAUCUCACUGCUCAGUGUUGUGACAGUUUGUCUUCAGCUCUACAAUCCUCAAACUCUGUCCUGAUAGAGCUGGAUCUGAGUAACAAUGACCUACAGGACUCUGGUGUCAACUUCAUUUCUGAGGGACUGAAGAGUCCAAAAUGUCAGCUGCAGAUCCUGAGUCUUGCUGGCUGUAAUCUCACUGCUCAGUGUUGUGACAGUUUGUCUUCAGUUCUACAAUCCUCAAACUCUGUCCUGAGAGAGCUGGAUCUGAGUAACAAUAACCUACAGGACUCUGGUGUCAACUUCAUUUCUGAUGGACUGAAGAGUCCAAACUCUCAGCUGCAGAUCCUGAGGUUGUCUGGCUGUAUGGUGACAGAAGAAGGCUGUGGUUAUGUGUCUUCAGCUCUGAGUUCAAACCCCUCACACCUGAGAGAACUGGAUCUGAGCUACAAUCACCUAGGACAAUCAGGAGUGCAGCUGCUCAAACACAAACUGGAGGAUCCAAACUAUAAACUGCAGAUACUCAAUGUGGAUCAUGGAGGAGAGGUCAUGAUGACUGCAGGACUGCGAAAGUAUGCCUGUGAUCUCACACUGGAUCCAAACACAGCACACACUCAACUCAUUCUGUCUGAGGAGAACAGAAAGGUUGUACAUGUGAAAGAGAAACAGUCAUAUCCUGAUCAUCAAGAUCGAUUUAGAAAUAAUCCUCAGGUUUUGUGUCGAGAGAGUCUGUCUGGACGCUGUUACUGGGAGGCUGAAUGGAGUGGAACUGCGGCUAUAUCAGUAUCACAUAAAGGAAUCAGCAGGAAAGGAGGAAAGGAUUGUGUGUUUGGGUCCAGUGAAUACACCUGGUGUCUGAUUUGCUCUGAUAACAAAUUCACUAUCCGUUACAAUAAAUACACUGACAUACGUGUCCCUUCAGGCUCCUCUAAUAGAGUAGGAGUGUAUGUGGAUGUGUUGGCCGGCACUCUGUCCUUCUACAGUGUCUCUGGCACACACACUCACACACUCACACACUUGCACACAGUCACCUCCAAAUUCACUGAGCCUCUCUGUGCUGGAUUUGGGUUUAUGUCUUGUCUUUUGGAUUCCUCAACAUGUCAUAGUCAGAUUAGAUUAGUUUCUCCACAAUUAUAAUUGUUAAGUUGAUGACUUGCAGUUCUUCUACUAGAUUCCACUAGAUACCUUUAUAGCCCUAUACAUAAAUAUAUGCAAGGAUGUGUAUUCCCUUGUUUCUGAGAACAGAGUUUUCAGACAUAAUUACUUAUUUUUAUUAGUUUUUGCAUGGACAUAUAUAUUUAGAGAUUAUCGCUAAACUACUUUUUGCCAAAGUUUGGAUUUUUGUUUUGAUUUAAAGUGUGUUUUUGCAUCAUGAGUACAGUCAAACCAGAAGACAGAGAACGCUUUUAAAUACCCAUAAUCUAAUUUGAACAUCAAAAUACAAAAAAAGGUUUUACGUCCUCAGGACGUGUUAUGUGUAUAAAUGUAAGGGCAUGUAUUUUACUCUGUGUGGGUAUUAUUUUUGCCAUUGUGUUCUCUCUUUCUCACUCUGCUUUCCGUGCAAUUAAUUAACCAUGCGCAUGAUUUAUAAAUCGAGGGAACGAAAUAGUAAUUGUGCACUCAAUUUAUUUAUUUAUUUAUUUAUUUAUUUUUUGCGUGACAUGUGUGGGGCUCCAUAGUUUUUUGCUGCGAUCGAAUGUAAAACUGGUGUGUCUACCUUUGUAUUGAAAUUAGUUUGUACACCUUGUUGUUUGUGUGCUCUGGUGUCAAAUCAGUGUUGCAGUCCUUUUGCUAUCAAGUAGUGAUUUUUUUCCUUUUGUUUCUCGGUAUUAAACGUUUUCCUGGGGUUAAAAGCUUUCCUGUAGCUCAGUGGUUAGAGCAUGGCACUAACAAUGCCAAGGUCAUGGGUUCGAUCCCAGGGAUUGCACAUACUCAGAUACAAAUGUAUAAUAUAAUGCAAUGUAAGUCGCUUUGGAUAAAAGCGUCUGCCAAAUGCAUAAAUGUAAAUGUAAAUGUAAAAGGUUUUGUAUUUUUCUUAUAUUACCUAUUUUUAAGUUAUGCGAGAUCUACGUAGAAGGUGCCACUUUUUCUUUUGUAAUAUGUUUAUCCCUGUUUUUGAUUAGCCAGGGUGUAGAGGGAACCUUAUGUUAUUUCUUUUCUUUUACUUACAUUGGUCAUUUAGUUCUCCUUCCAAUAGUUACUAACCCUUUUGUUUUUUGUUUGUUUGCUUCCCUUUUCUUUGCUUAACUCAAAUAAAUAAAUUUAAUUUGCAUCA